GCUUAUUUAUUUAUUUGCUAAUAUUUUUGCGAUUAUCCAUUAAGAAUUUUAAACUUUAUUAAAAAAUCGAAUGAUAUUAUUAAGUGAAUCCAAAAAAUGAGUGGAAUUUUAGAUUAUGAAAAACAAGGCUUAUUUGAUUUAUUUAAUGGUCAAGAGGACAAAGGAAUAUUAAUACAAUUGGCGAAAUCUUUAACAAAAAAUUAUGUGUCUGCGGAUAAUUUAGAUGAUGCUUUACAAAUUGUAUUUGUACAUGGUGGUAGUUCAACAACAAUACUUAAUAAAAAAAUGCUAACUAAAGAAAUUUUAUUUAAAUAUUUACAUAAAAACUCAGUUCGAGCGUCUAGUGAUUUUACAAAAAGUAGUUUGAUUGAAAAAACUCAAAACUUUUGGAAAGAAAAAUUUUUCGAUAACAAAAAUCAAAAUGAAAGUUCUCUGAGUGAAGUAAAUCCUAAUUCUAGCCAUAUUGAUCAGCAAAAUGUAUUGCAUUCUGCGUCACAACCCCAAAAUGAAUACAUAAUUGAACAAAAUAAUCAAUUAUAUAAAACAGAUUUAAUUCAAAAUGAUUUUCCGAUUCAACAAAACAAUCAACUAUCAACAAAUAAUUCUAUGUCGUAUCCAAUUAAUUUAUUAGCUAAGAAAUUUUCGGAAUGGUUUUUUGUCUCCUACAAUGAUGACACAUUAAAACCACAAGAUUUUUGGAUAGAUUCAUCAUUGCAUUUAAAAAUGGUGCAGGUACAGAGUGGAGAGACUCAAGAACAUCAAUGUACUUCAAGUACAGAAGUUGUAGAAACAUUGCUAGGAAUAAAAAAUCCAGUUAAAUUUUCUUUUAACCCCAAUCUAGCAUAUGAAGGAGUUCAAGGUCGGCUUGAUAUGCAUGGUUUAGUUUUAGUAUUAUGUUGCGGAACUUUGCAUACAACAGAUACAUGUAUGGGUACCUUUGAAUCUCUAUUUGGGCUAAUCAGAGAUCCGAAUUGCGACAAUAAUUGGAAAAUUAAACACUUAAAACUGAUAUUGAAGAGCACAGCGGUUAUAAAUCAAAUACCAUGCUUAGUUAACAGUGACACAUUAAGUGAAGUAUUGAGUUUACCAGAACCAUCAGGCAAUAUCUAGACUCAAUAAAACUUAGAUUCAAUUAAAUUU